AUGUUAAACCUGUGUGGGAAAGUCCCAGGAAGUAACAGGACGUUUCGGCAGAAAAGUUUUAAAGUGGCAGUGAUCUCCAGGGACAGCAGUCGACUGGACAAACUCCGGACCUUCAUCUCUCCGAGCACAAAGGAAAACCUCACAACUAUAGUGGGGGAUGUGGGGUCCGAGGAGGGGGCGGAGCAGGCCAAGCAGGCGCUGCUGGAGGCCGUGGGGAAGGUGACGGACAUCGUUUCCUCUUUGGGCUUCAGCUGGUGGCAGGGAGGGCCCCCCCACACCCAGCCUGUGAAAGAGCUGCACUGGGUGAUUGAGACCCUCCUCUUCAGCACGUUCGUUUCAUGGAAGACUUUCUUCCCGCUGGUGAGAGACGACUCCCGCUGCACCUACACCUUCAUCACAGGAGGAGCAGGAGAAAAGCUGCUGAUGCCAGGAACCGGUUUCCUGACGGUGGGAGCCGCCAGCUCUCUGGCGUUCUGCCAGGUUCUACGAGAGGAAUACCCCGACGUUCCCUGUAAACUCAACCAGGUGAAGAUCGACGCAGGCGUAGCUGCUCCCGAGCGGAUGGCUCCUGGUUACCUGAACCACCUGGACCUGGGCGAAGCUGUCGCCGCCCUGGUGGAGAAGAGAAACUCCUCCCACACGGUCUUCACCAUCAGCUGUCCCGCAGACUUAAAGACCGUCCUUCUGGAGAAGAACCUCUAGACUCGGAGACGUGUCCCCGAUAUCACAGGGUCGUCUGCUCCGCCUCUCUCACGACUCUAAACCGUCUUUGCACAACUUUAUCUGAAUUGUAUAAUAUUCAACUAACACUGUAAACUCGGUCCUGCUCGUUGUUCUGAGAUCUUCAGCUUUCUCUGCAUGAACUGUUUGUAACACACACAAAGGAUUUAUAAUACUCGUCUUCUCAUUGUUGCUUGUUUCUAUAGAAAUAUUGUAACAGAAAUGUUCUGUCGUGUUCAUAUAACAUCCAAUAUAACUGCAUUCUCUGUGUGGAUCUACUGAAACAUGAAGCUCAGUCUUAUUUCUUUUCUAACAACCGGUCAAAGAGAAUCGGAGGAAUCUGGACUUAAAGGGACGCUGUGGAGUUUUCUGCUGACGAGGACUGACGUCUGUAAAUACUGGAGAUUUAAAGAUUUUGACAGUUUAACAGUUUGACUAGAGGAAAAAUAACUUAGUGACCUGAGAUGUUUAGGACCUGAGAUUCAGACAGAUGGAGAAAGUUUUAACGUGUGUCACAUAUGUUGAUUCAUCGAUUGUGACGACAAAGAACUGAUUCUGGCUCAGCUGAUUUAGUCUCCACUCGGCCAGCGGUGCCACUCCGACAUAUUCAAGAUGUUUAGAGCUGGUCAGACAAGAAGAGAGAGAAAAGUUCAAAUCCGUCUCCGACGAGCUUUUUGUUUGACGCCGCUGGACUCGAUCAGGACAGAAUUUAAAGUUCAGUGUCAGUGGAUCAGAACGGACUCAGGUGAAGGAUGUUGCUCUGAGGAGUAAAUCACUGUCAUGACAUGAACACGUAACAAUCCAUGUAAAGAUUUUAUAAAGUAAAACU